UUCAUUGAGAGUGCUCCCGCCCCGCCGUGGACAGUUUAUGUGUGCACUUGUACGGUGUCUGCUCGACCACCCCGAGGUGUUUUUGUUGUCUCAUCUCAACUCACUUCUUCUCCGAGCUGCGGGUCGAGGUUUGGAUCGUGUCAGCGCAGCAGCACUCGGCUAGGCUAGGCCUGAAUCCAUCUCGCAAACACUUAUGGACUUUGAAAAACAAGCCUAACAGACAACACAAUCGAACGGCCGCAUUCCUUGUGAUGCAGACAUAGAGAGGCUGACACUGAACGAGGGUUACAUCAACGGGACACAUCAUUUCAGGAUGGACCCUGGUCAGGUGGUGCAGGAGACAUACACGGUGGAGGAAGAUCCCCAGGAGGCUCCACCUGUUGUCUCCGUGGAGACCGGUGAAGACGGGACCACGCGGCGCACAGAAACCACGGUAAAGAAAGUAGUAAAGACCACCACCACUCGCACAGUCAUCCCCUCCGUGUCAGACACACUGUCCCUGGAUGGUGGGGGUUCAGUGACGGGUAUGGGCGGCUACACUGCACCCUACAGACAGGGGCCCGUGGGUGUCGUGCCCAUGGACUACCCCACUCACACUGUGCCCCGCAACUACCACUACGGACCGCCAGGCGGCUACGACGACUACCGCACUGGACCCCCAUCUGAGGCCUACACGAGCCUGAGCAGGGGAGCUCGCAUGGAUGAUCGCUACAGACCGGUCCAUCCAGAUGGUUACAGAACUCUGGAUCCAAGCUACAGAGCCACCAGCAGGAACCAGCUGGACCACUAUGCUGCUCAGCCACAGGUUGGGCGUAUGGGAAGUGCCAUGGAGCUUUCUUCCAUCCCGAGGUUUGUUCCUGAGUCGUACGGUCUGGAGGACGAUCAGCGCAGCAUGGGCUACGAUGAGCCCGACUAUGGCAUGGGACACUCAAUGCACUACAGCACCGUUCCCCGCAACCUCCAUGCAUUCCCCCACGGGCCCCCACGCAGGACUGGGAGUUACGAGGGCACCUUAGAUGGCGAUAUGAGCGGCCCUGGGGACAUGUACUACUGGGGAGGAGGAGCACCGCUGGCCCAGGGGGAAAGGGGUAGCAUGGCUUCGUUGGACAGCACUCUAAGGAAAGGCCCCGGCCCCGGCGGCUGGCGACAACCGGAGCUGCCAGAGGUCAUCGCUAUGCUGAACUACAGGCUGGACCCCGUCAGGAGCAACGCCGCUGCUUACCUGCAGCAUCUCACCUACAAGAAUGAUAAAGUGAAGACUGAUGUGCGUCGAAUGAAAGGCAUCCCAGCACUCGUCUGCAUGCUUGACAUCCCGAACAGAGAGGUUCACUAUGCAGCCUGUGGAGCGCUAAAGAACAUCUCGUAUGGCAAAGAUCACGACAAUAAGAUCGCCAUCAAGAACUGUGACGGAGUGCCCGCUCUGGUCCGUCUGCUGAGGAAGACUCGCGACCAGGACCUCUGCGACAUCAUCACAGGGACUUUGUGGAACCUGUCGUCUCACGACUCUGUGAAAAUGGAGAUCGUGGACCAUGCACUCCACGCCCUCUCCGACGAGGUGAUGGUGCCGCAUUCUGGCUGGGAGCGAGGGAGCAACGGAGCAGGAGGAGGGGAGGAGAACUGCAAGCCCAGACAUCUUGAGUGGGAGACGGCCCUCACCAACACCGCAGGCUGCCUGAGAAAUGUGAGUUCCGAGCGAAGUGAGGCGAGGAGGAAGCUGAGGGAGUGCACGGGAUUGGUUGAUUCGCUCAUGUACAUCGUCCAAUCCCAGAUUGACUGUAAAGACGUCGACAAUAAGUUGAUAGAGAACAGUGUGUGUCUGCUGAGGAACUUGUCCUAUCACGUGCAUCGUGAAAUCCCCGGCUGUGAGCGCUACCAGGAGGCCGCGCCCCUCAACCAGGGCCCCGCCCCCUCCAGCCAGAAGGGCGGCUGCUUCAGCUCCCGCAAGAGCAAAGAUGAGUGGUUUUCCAAAGGUAAGAAAGAUGACGAUGCAGCUGCAGACAUAAUAGACAUUCCAAAGAGGACCGCACCUGCCAAAGGCUUCGAGCUGUUGUACCAGCCGGAGGUGGUCCGCAUCUACACCUCUCUGCUAAAGGAGUCCAAGAACCCCACCGUGCUGGAAGCCUCGGCUGGAGCCGUUCAGAACCUGUGUGCUGGACGCUGGACUUAUGGGAGAUACAUCCGUGCCUUGCUGCGGCACGAGCAGGGUCUACCAAUGAUGACCGAGCUGCUGGCCCACGGCAACGACCGCGUGGUCCGUGCCAUGUCCGGAGCCCUCCGUAACAUGGCCAUCGACGCGCGCAACAGAGAUCUACUAGGUAAACAUGCGGUGCCUCACCUGGUGGCCGACCUGCCUGGCGGCGGUCAGAGUCAGCCUGUGCGAGCGCUGUCAGAAGAGACGGUGGUGUCGGUGUUGAGCACCCUCCACGAGGUGCUGGGCUCCAGUCUGGAAGCAGCCAAGAUCCUCAGAGCCUCACAGGGGAUCGAGAGACUGGUGCUCAUUAACAAGGACGGUAAUCGUUCUGAGCGGGAGGUGCGCGGUGCCGGCCUGGUGCUGCAGACUGUGUGGGGCUACAAGGAGCUGCGGCGCACUUUGGAGAAGGACGGCUGGAAGAAGACAGACUUCAUGGUCAACCUAAACCCUCCUAGCAACAACACCAGGGCCAACGGAGGAUAUGAGGACAGCACUCUGCCGCUCAUUGACAAAGGGGGCAAAGGAGAGCGGGAAAUGAUUCCACUGAAUGACAUGGGACCAGAUGCUUACUCCACACUGGACCAGAGAGGGAGAAGGAACACUCUGGAUAACACACUCGAACCUGCUGGCAAAGAUGCAGUACAGGGAGGGAUGUAUGGGGAGAGGCAGGCCUCUUUGCCUCUAAUGGAUUCUUACGAUGAAAAACUGAUUGUGUGCAUCACGAGACGACCGCCUCCUCCCACCUACUGCCCUUGCUGAACUGACAAAUGGGGGACCACUACACUACCGAUGGGACUAAAACUCCAUCCUUCACACUCAACUCUUCUGUCCCUCUUCACUCUUUUUGCAGCUUCUCUUCUCUCUUUCCCUUUUGUUACAUUCCUCCAUCGCAGCUGACAAACUUAAUGAAACCACACAGAAAUAAACUGACGUGGAUCUACGUUCCCUGUGGACAACCGGACGAGACACUAUGACCACUUUUGUGCUCUGCGAGUCCCUGAACUCCAAAACCACUCAGACACCAUGGCCGCAACACUACAACACGCCCCUGGACAACACUACUUCUCUCUCCCACCAAAAGCAGAGACUGUGGCUUCAUCUGGGAACUUUUCUACUUCUUGGCGGUUGGAGCGUUGGACUUAGUUUAAUUCAACUAGAAAGUUGGGAUCAAAACUGGACACUUUUUGGUGAAAUUUUACAUAAAUGGAUAUUAUGCUCGAAGACAUUGAGGAAAUGUGUCUUUUUUUUCCUCUCUGAUGGUUAAAUACUACAAAAAAAGAUUUCCAACCACUGAGAACUAAUGUUUAAUGAUCUAAUCGGAUAUGUGUAAAAGCUUCUGCUUCUGUUUUUGGUAGUGGUUGUUCCUCUGCUCGCUCUGCUCUGUACCACAGUAAUGUACAUGUGCCAAAUGACACUGCUACGACUGCCAAUACUGAAUGCAAGAACUGAAUGCACACACACUCGGACAUUUUACUGCAGCUAACUUGGAAACUGUCAUCUGCUUUGUUUUGUGCGCAGCUUGUGUCCGUGAACAAGAUGCAUGGGGGGGGCUGCGCUGCGCUGCGGUUUCUGUAUUUGAUUGUGAUCCAUAGAUGUAAAAGGGUGGAGGUGCCAGUAUGGAUAUUCUUGCAGACAAAAAUAGAAUUAUUCUCCAUCUCUGUCAGCAUAGACGGGAUAGUCUACGUUUCUAAAGUCACGUUUCUGUUAAAUGUAAGCAUCUUAACUUUGUAAAUCUUGAGCGAUAUCACAGGAUUCAUGGGGCGCAGUUCCUUGUAUAUGAAUGUGUACAUACAAGACUAACGGCAUCGGUGUGUGGGCUAACUGGAGUGCCUCGCUCAUUCAGGAUAGGUCUGAUGAGUGUGCCCAACAAGACAUGGCCAAUCAAGGUGUCUUUUUUUCAACAGGUUACUAGUUGGGGGAAUACUGUAUAUGGAACUCAUCAGUUUUUUUAUUCUACAAAAUAAUGGGAUAUGUGAACUUGUAUGCUAAGAGUUGUUAUUGUGUUUUUUUUAUAAGGUAUAAAACUCUUGAGUUCUGUAUAAUUUACUGCUUCACAAAGACUUCCUGGCUCUAAGACUAUAUAACAGUACAUGGGAGAAGACACAGCACUGUCUGCUUUUGCCCGCAUUUCUUACAUACAGUGCUUGUUCUGUGGAAGAAUGCAUCUUCUUAGUGCCGAGUGAGAUGUAGAUACUUCCUGAGUGGAUGAUUAAAAGAAGCACUACGGGCAGGGUAAUGUGUGUUUUUCUUUCUUUUUCCCUACGGGUCCCUUUUGAGUGUGCCUCUUUUCUCAAACGUAACACGUUGCCUUCAAGAGAACUGACUAAAAGAGGAGAAUAGGGGAGAGCAAGGGUUUGGAAAUCACAGUGUACGGAGGCAUUGACCAGAAUUUGCUAUUAGAAAAAGUGGAGAAAAAUAAAAGCACAUUUAAACUAUAUAUACACAAGAAAAUAUUUGUUAAUUUGAAUGGUUUUAUGUAUUUACUCUUUUUAUAUUGAUUUGGGUUUAAUUAUUUUGGGUGCUCUUGGUGAAUGCAUAUGCAAUCAGUUUUUAUGUUUUGAUUGAAAACAUUCAGCUUAAUGUCUUAAUUAAAUGCAAAACGAGUUAGCUAAACAAAAUCCUCCAACACAGUCAUCAGAUACUGGAACACUAAUGGAAAAAAUCUGAUUCUGGACUACACCUUAAUCUCUUUGCCUUGGCUCUUAAAGUUGCACAUUCUCAUUUAUGAAUGAAUUAUGUAACUAGCAAUACUGUUUUUAAUAAAAAAGAAAAUGAUUUCUC